AUGCUGCGCCGACCACUCUGCGCGCUCGGAAGGCCGUCCGCGCUGGCGCUGCUGCCGCGGGCAUGCCGCGUGGCGCCGCGUGCACUCGCGAUUCACCCACGCGCUGCCGCCGUCGCUCCGUGCCGCCAGCUCCACAGCAGCCUGCGCGCUAAAGAGGCGCCCGCAACAAACUGCAUGUGCACUUGGCUGUUCUCUGCACGCUUCGCCCUCGCCUCGGCGCCGGUGCUGCAAGUGCUCACCUCGGCCGACGGCAAUGGCGCGAAGGGCGUGGCGAUGUCCGCGACGCUCGUGCUGUUCGGAGGGUCGACGACAGGCGCGUGGCCGCGCUUCGCGCUAGACCCCUCGACUUCGCUAGAUCCCUCCCCCCCCUCCUCGCUGCACGCACGCUCAUACCACCCGUUCUCAACCUUUGGGGCCAAGGGCGCCGUCUUCUGGCUCGACGAGGACGGCACGCUCGUCGACCCGCAG